GUAAUACUCAUCCCCUCCCCUCCCCACCCAAAAAGGAAGGCUGCAACAUGGCUGAUCAGACAAACCGCCAAACCGCAACGGAGGCGGAGGACGUUCUAGAAAAGGAAGAGGAGGUGCCGCUGUGUCAACACGACGACUAUGACGCCGACCUCUCCUUACCCGACCGCGAGGCACGAUGGGGCUUUACGCUGAGUGAGUUGCAGUCAGCGGUGAAGGUGGUGCGCGUUCUCUUUUGCAAUCCAGCUCUGUACGUCGGCGACCCCUACCUGUCCGACAGUCGCCUCUGCACGAUGAUCACACGUGAUCGCAAGACGAAGCGCGAGAACCGGGAAGUUUUCAAGGCCAUCAUGAGCGAGGAAAAGAGCCGGCGGAAGCGCUAUCAGCGUCUGCAAGACAUGAAGGCGGUGUGCAGAACGGCCAUGAAGCGCGAGCGCGAUGAUGCCUUGAACAAUUUGUUGCUGACGGGGCGCGAUGGCGCGACGUUGAAUCUGCAGCCGCUGCUCAUUCGUGACCGGCCACACGCGCCGCAGCCUUGUGCUCCAAACGCCGCCGCUGCCUCUCCUCUCUCCGCCGAUGCUACCACUUCCACUCCUGACGCAACGCCGGAGACAAUCGUGCUGACCGCCCAAGAGAAGGAAGUACUGCGGCUUGCCGGUGCCUUUGAAAACAUGCUGCGACUGGAGGAAGCCCUGCGUGGGGUACCGGUGGAGGGCUACACGCCGGGGGUGGGGGAUGACGCCGCACCGCCACCGCCGCCCUCCACCGACAACCCACCCGUAACCGGCGGCAUCGGCGCUCCGGCCCCGUCCACAUCGGCGUCGUCGAGGGUGAAGAAGAUGAGCGGCGAGGCGACGGGAAGUAACCGACACGAAACACCGACGCCGCCCGUUGCGGGGCUGGACUGGACGGUGAUUACACAGUUGACAGCGCAGGUGUACCGCUACCUCCCGCCCCUCUACGGCUCCCAGAUGCCGCCGCCGCUGUUUGCCGGGGCGGUGCCGCCAAAUGUGAUGGAGUCGCCGAUGGUCGUGCGCAGCUUUGUACGCGGCAUGAAGUGUCACGUGGCGCAGCGGGCGGCUGCACUGGUGCACCUCGCCUCUUCGUUGAGCGAAGCGCCAGAAGCGGCCGCGGUUGCAGCAGCGGCGACGGCAGCGACGACACCGCACAGGCAACGCGAAACAAACGAGUCUAUUUCAGAGGUGCCACUGCACGACGCUCUGCGGACCACGGGACGGGACGUUAUUGUGCGCACACCGCUGGCCGAGCUACAGUCCAUCGCGGGACUGCGAGCGCUGGUGGGCGGGGCUGCUGAAGUCGCUACCUCGUCCACUUCGGUUUCCGCCACCACCACCGCGUCGUCGUCGUCACCGGUGAAAGCGGUGGUCGAGGAGCCGCUGGACGACGUGCUGCGAGCCAUUGAGCUGGUGUUGCUGGAAGGCAAGAGCGAUGACCGAUUCGACCCGGCCGGUCCUGCGACUCGUACGACGACCACAACGACUACCGACGCCGAGGCAUCGACACAAGAGGACGGCACCCGAGCGUCGCAGCUGCGAAUCGCCGAGCAGAGCCUGCACUGCUUCAUUGCCCGCCGCCUGUACGCCUCCGCACGCCUUCGCAGCUGCGGCACGUCACCGGUACUGAUUCAACGCAGCCCACCGACGUCUAACUCUGAGGAACCGGACGGGUACUGCAUCUACGACGACGUGCAGCGCUACGCUGUCGAGCACCACGAGGAUGAUGAGCAGCUGAAGCUCAACAAGUGGAUCGGCUGCCACACCUGCAGGGUGCGCUACAACCGACUCCACCCCUAUUACUACAGCAUGUGCCACCUCUGCGGUGAGUACAACUACAACAAGCGUCUCAUGGCACGUGACUUGCGGGGCAAGACGGUGCUGCUCACGGGGUGCCGGAUUAAGAUCGGGUAUGCCAUGGCGCUGUCGCUGCUGCGAUGCGGGGCGACGGUGCUGGGCACCACGCGCUUCAUCCAUGAGGCCGUCGCCCGCUUCCAGCAGGAGGUCGACUACGGCGUCUGGAAAAGCCGCCUGCACCUCUUCUCCCUCGACCUGCGUGACAUGUGGGUCGUCACGCAGUUCAGCGCGUUUGUGCGGCAGAAGUACAAGAAGCUCUUCGCCAUCAUAAACAACGCCGCGCAGACCAUCGCCCGCACGCCGCAGUACACGGAGCACCUGCGCCACAUCGAGCUGAACCCGCCCGCCGACCUGCAAGCCGGCAUCCAGCAGGACACCCUCUCGGCGGAGUGGCACAACUUCUUCUGCCACCACACGACCGUCACGGUGGGGCAGGCGAUGUCGAUUGAGUACCACCCCAGCACGCAGCCUUUCCUCGACUCGGACCAGCUCUCCCGCUAUUCGGAUGGCGAUGAGGAACAAAAGGGAAUGCCGCGAGCACCACCGCCACAGUCCGGCAACGCUACUUCGGGCGACGACACCGCGGUACCGCCCUCAACGCGGCGCACGGCCAGCGGAGAAGACAAUGACAACAGCACCGCCGUCGCGUUGCGUGUGGCUUGCGACCGCACGCUCAUUUUCGACCGCUACGACACCCAAGCCGAAGAGAGCGACCACCGCGACAAGAACUCGUGGGUGAUGAACCUGGCCGAGGUGCAGGGCAGUGAGGCCGCAGAGGUGAUGGCCAUCAAUGCCCUGUCGCCGUUCAUUUUGAACGGCAAGCUGAAGGUCUGCCUUACCGACCGCGACGGCGACGCGACGCCGAACGAACCACGCUUCAUCGUCAACGUGUCGGCGAUGGAAGGGCAAUUCUACCGGUUCAAGCAGACGACGCAUCCGCACACGAACAUGGCGAAGGCGGCGCUGAACAUGAUGACCCGCACCAGUGGUGACGACUAUGCGGUGGAUGGCAUCUACAUGAACUCCGUUGACACCGGCUGGAUCACGGACGAGUCGCCCAAGCUGAAGAAGGAUCGCCGGGCGGAGCAGUUUAUGCUGUGCCCGCUUGACGAGGUCGACGCAGCAGCGCGCUGCUUGGAUUUGAUCUACACGAACAGUCGCGUGUACGGCAAGUUCUACAAGGACUUCAAAGAAAUUGCCUGGUAG